UGGACGGCGGGAGUCGUUGGGCGGGGCUGGCGCCCUCAGAACCGCGCGCCGGCACCUUGGGGUCUCAGCGGCUGGCUGCGCACAGACUGCUGGACACUCAGACAGACAUGGUGUGCUCCCCGGGAGAAGGAAAUGGGGCCACUCCCGCGGGCGCACCCGGCGAGGAACCAGAAGCCUCCACGCUGCCGGGAAGUAGGCGGGAGCGGUCAGGCCGCGCUGUCUCUUUGAGACCGUGUUCCCGCUGACAGCGACGGGCUCAGGUGAGUCUGAGCAAGGCCAAGUUCCAAAGGGAGGAGAGGACGCCGUCUGGCUUCAGGGCCCACUCGGGGCUUGGUCCUUCAUGAUCUUGAUGCAGAGGCCUCCAUGGCUGUGCUAAGCCUCCUGUUCUUGGCAGUGAUGUAUGUUGUUCACCACCCCCUGAUGGUCAGUGACCGGAUGGACCUGGACACACUAGCCAGAAGUCGGCAGCUGGAGAAGCGCAUGAGUGAGGAGAUGCGCCAGUUAGAGAUCGAGUUUGAAGAGAGAAAGCGAGUAGCUGACCAGAAGCAGAAGGCAGAGAACUUCUGGAGAGGAGACACAUCCAGUGACCAGUUAGUGCUGGGAAGGAAAGACAUGGGGUGGCCAUUCCAAGACGAGGGCCAGGAGGGACCGCUGAACUGGAUGCUGGGAAACCUGUGGAAUGCUGGCCUCUUUUGCCUUUUUCUCAUCUUCGAGCUUCUGCGACAGAACAUGCAGCACGAGCCGGCCUUUGAUUCCAGCAGUGAUGAGGAAGAGGAGGAAGUCCGGGUGGUGCCUGUCACCUCCUACAACUGGCUUACCGACUUCCCUUCGCAGGAGGCCCUGGAAUCCUUUUACAAACACUAUGUCCAGAAUGUCAUCCGUGACCUGCCCUGCACCUGUGAGUUUGUGGAGAGCUUUGUGGACGACCUCAUUGAAGCCUGUCGGGCACUCAACCGCCAGGUGGUCAGCCCCCAAGAGGCUCGCCCACAGCUGGAGGACUGCCUGGGCAUCGGGGCUGCCUUUGAGAAAUGGGGAACCCUCCAUGAGACCCAGAAAUUUGAUAUCCUGGUGCCCAUUGUUCCGCCCCAGGGCUCCACAUUUGUGCUGGAAAUGAGGGAUCCAUCCCUAGGCCGCCGCUGUGGCAGUGUGCUGGUAGAGUCGGAAUGCGUGUGCAAACGCGAGAAGCUUCUGGGCGAUGUGCUGUGCCUGGUGCACCACCACAGGGACCACUCGGCCCUCUUGGGCCAGUGCAACAACUCCAUCAAAGCAACCCUCUGCACCGGCUCCCACCUGGACGUGUGCAAGACCGUUCAGUGGUUCCGGAACAUGGUGGGCAAUGCCUGGGCCCUGGUGGCCCACAAGUAUGACUUUCAGCUCAGCCUCCCACCGUCCACCACAUCCUGCAAACUCAGGCUGGACUAUCGCUCAGGCCGCUUUCUCUCAAUCCGCUUGGUCCUGGGGGUGCAACGGGAAGACACCUUGGUCUACCUGGUGAGUCGGGCCCCUGACCAGGAACAGCUCACUAGUGUGGACUGGCCCGAGUCCUUUGCAGCCUGUGAGCACUUGUUCCUGAAGCUGGUAGGGCGUUUUGCUCCAGAGAAUACCUGCCACCUCAAGUGCCUCCAGAUCAUUUUAAGUCUCCAGGAUCUUCAGAGCUUACCCCAGGGAGCAUCCUGUCCCAUCCUUACCUCUUACCACUUCAAAACAGCCCUCAUGCACCUGUUGCUGUGGCUGCCCCUCACGGACUGGCAGCACAGCAUGCUCUCCCAGCGGCUCCAGGACAUCCUCUGGUUCUUGGGCCGUGGCCUCCAGCAAAGGUCCCUCCAUCAUUUCCUCAUUGGUAACAACUUCCUGCCCCUGACCAUCCCGAUCCCUAAGAAAUUUCGGAAUGCCGAGCCUGUCAAUCUCUUCCAACACCUGGUGCUAAACCCCAUGGCACACUCACAGGCACUGGAAGAGUUCCACAACCUUCUGACCCGGGUGAAAGCUCUGCCUUGUGCCCCGUUGGCCGGGGCACAUUAAUGUAAAGGCCCUUAAUAAAGGGGAGAAGGUAUUUGUGAUUCUUCAGGCUGCAAAAGAGUUUAUUUUUCAGAUACAUCAGUGGUAUAUAUGCCUUUACUUUGUGAACAGGAGUUAUGAUAGAUUAAGACACUUUAAGGAGUAUGUGAAGUGGUCACAAAGAUGGGGUCCCAGUGGGUCUUCUGAGUUUUUCUUCUCCUGACUUAACUUGCAUCAUGACCCACAGAGAGACCAGGGAAACAGAUGUUGUGGGAGCAUCUUGCUGCUAAAGAGUUAGAUCCAGAGUUGGCUUGGGAAGUUGUGUUUUGUAUCAACACUGGAAGUAAAAGAAUCAGAGAAUACCUCCAUUCCAGCUUACUCCUUCUCAUAUUUUAGGAGCUAAUUUUUCAGACUUUCACUAUUUGAAGAUAAAACCAAGAUGUUUAUUUUCUGUUUUCUUAAUUUAGCCCAAUCUUUAUAUGUCAGUAUUCUUGUUUUAUGCAUCUGAAAACAUUCCAAUACUACCCAAAUAACUUAUUAGCAUUGAUUCAAAAAUAUCAAGUCAAUAGUGACCUGUCCCAUAAUUGAGGUAAUGUAUUUACUAAAGAGCAACGUCUGCCGAAACCGGUUUGGCUCAGUGGAUAGAGCAUUGGCCUGCGGACUGAGGGGUCCCGGGUUUGGUUCCGGUCAAGGGCAUGUACCUUGGUUGCGGGCAUAUCCCCAGUAGGGGGUGUGUAGGAGGCAGCUGAUCGAUGUUUCUCUCUCAUUGAUGUUUCUAACUCUCUAUCCCUCUCUCUUCCUCUCUGUAAAAAAUCAAUAAAAUAUAGAGAAAAAAGAGCAACAUCUGAUGACCUCCUCCGUGCCUGGAAGCAACAUUAUAAAACCCUUAACAAGGAUGAUCUUUUGGGGGCUCUGAGAUGAAUAAUUGUUUCCGUAGGGAGCCCCUUGUUUGGUGAAUGGAAAGAAGUUCUAGCUACCAUGUGUAGCUCUGCUUUUUCUCAGCCUGGUAAUGCCUUUGUAUUCUCUUUUCAAAGAUCAGAGGAAUUACUUGAACUAUAUUUGCGGUUUUGCAAAACAAGUUCAUAACGAUUGACCACUGGCAGGGCUGGACUGGAAGGGACUAUGAAGCAGUCCAACUCAAAUAAAGUCGAGGUUCGGGAGAUGUGAUUGAUGUAUUUUUCUGUGCUUUAAAAGCCUGAGGAGGAGUGUUAAGAAAUGUGAAAAUAGUUGUGGGUGUGGUUGUUUUGGAAAUCCAAUGCUGUCCCUCCCUUGCAAGCCUGGAAGAUCUGCUCAGAGGAGGACGUGGUCCCACAUUUAACUUGACCUCGGUGGGGUUAAGAUGUUGGCCUUAUGGGCUUUGGUUGUAGAAUCCACACCCUCCACCAAGCAGAAAUAAAUUACAAGUGUCCCAGAAACAGAUGCCAGUCAAAAUUUGGGGCUCCCUCUGCUCAGUAGCUACUGUUGUCAGCUGGUAUCUGCCAGGUACUGCUUUCAGGUUAAGGUGCGUGAUGGAUGGUUCCAUGCUGGUGGGAUUUUGGUGUUUUAUAUUCAUAUGCUUUUUGUAUAGAAAAUAACUGGUGUUUCUUUCUAAAUCAAUAAAUGAGGCUAUUUUCUGUA